UUUUUUUUUUUUUUCCUAUUGCUGAGCCGCUGCCUUUGGGGACCGGGGAGCGGGAGCAGCAGGAGGAGGGGGAGGGGGAGGGUUGGGGGCGGGGUGGGUGGGGAAAGGCCCUGGGAGGGGUGUGGACAGCAGCCACUCUGCAGCUGGCCGCCUGGGACCCCUCUUCCCUCGUGUGUCCCUCCGAGUGAUGGAGGGGAAGAGACUCGCUUAGACACGCACGCAGCUGGGCGCCUCUCCGGGAGGCGGUGGUGGCGGCGGCCGCAGCUGCUCUGCUUGCAAGAGGGAGCGGGCGGCGCCUGAUGCAGCUCAGCUCUGGCUGCGCCUCGGGAAGCACCCCGUAAGCCUUUCGCUAGCUGAGUGGUUCUGGGCGCCGGCUACGAGCGGGAAGAAAACCACCCAGAAGCCGCUUUGACUGUUGUUCUUUUUUAGAGGAGGUGGGGGCGAGCUCUGGGAGGGAGCUCCUUCAGCUGUCACUGCGGAACAAGGUCUUAUCCCCUCUUAGCGCAGGGUCUGGGGACAGUGCGGGGUGCAUAUGUGGAGACGAGGAUGCACAUCUCUUGCGCGCAGCCACUGGGAAUUGAGAGAGCUGGCACUGGGGCUCCAGAGCCCGCCUGCUCUAUGUCCUAGCCACUGGAACGGGCCCUGCUGCACCUGGCCUCUGCCUCUGGGAAGUGCAGGAAACGCGUCCUAAACUCCACUACUUCUUUUCUCCUCCCCCUCCUCCCAUCUCCACUCCUCUCUCCUCCCCGCCUCCCUCCCUCCCCAAUAUUUCGCUGCCUGCGUGUCUCUCCCUGCUCAUACAUACACACAUCACCACUAGGUCACUCACUCACUUGUGCUCGCUCAGUCUCGCAUUCUACUGAGCUGAAUCCUCAACCUCAGAAACAAGCCAUCGAACUUGGGAGCCUGGCCAUAAAAGCCACUCAUUUGCCCUCCAUCCAGACGGCUUCAGCAUUACUGAGCCCUUCGCCCGCCGGCCCGUCCGCCUGCCUGCCUCCACCUCGGCUCUCCUCCAGCGGCAGUGGCUCAGGAUGCCCGGUAAGUGAGUCAGGCAGAGACCACUAAGUCUCUGCCAAGCUGUAGCUAGGCUGGUCGGCUAGUUAUACCAUUCAUCAGCCCUUUUAAAUAGAAGAAACGGACAGCAAGGAAGGAGCAGUGGCCAAGAAAAAUCCCGAGAGUUGAACCAGUCUUGCUGACUUUAACCUAGGGCCACUUUCCGGGGUCUGAUUCCCUGGAGACGCUGCCCAGAAGAGGACUUUUAGACUCAACAAGUUGCUGGUUGCUCCAGCAGUGAUGCCUCGGUUACUCAACUGCAUUCCUGGAGUCACUUCUGUAGUCUCCUAGGCAAGUCUUGAAGCCCUUGGGAAUUAAAGACAGGAUCCAAGAAAUCCAUUCUUCUUUGCAUGUUCCCACGAUAUAGAUGUGCAGGACUUUCCGAAUGAUCAUACGGACACAAAGAUUGAAGAAGUCCUGAAGAUUGAUGGAGGGCCAUGCUAUUCAAACAGCAGGCGUUGCUGAGACAGAAGCUCUUUGUGCUGGGAAGUCUUGCUAUUGGAAGUCUCCUAUAUCUAGUUGCCAGAGUUGGGAGCUUGGAUAGACUGCAGCCCAUUUGCCCAAUUGAAGGUCGAUUUGGAGCCCGCAGUCAGGCUGAGAUCCCACUCCGGGCACUACAAUUCAAGCGUGGCCUUCUCCACGAGUUCCGGAAGGGCAACGCCACCAAGGAGCAGAUUCGACUCCACAAUCUGGUCCAGCAGCUCCCCAAAGCUAUCAUCAUUGGGGUGAGGAAAGGAGGCACCAGAGCCCUACUUGAGAUGCUGAAUCUACAUCCUGCUGUGGUCAAAGCCUCCCAGGAAAUCCACUUUUUUGAUAAUGAUGAGAAUUAUGCCAAGGGCAUUGAAUGGUACAGGAAGAAAAUGCCAUUUUCAUACCCUCAGCAAAUCACCAUUGAGAAGAGUCCUGCCUAUUUUAUCACAGAGGAGGUACCAGAAAGGAUUUACAAAAUGAACUCAUCCAUCAAGUUGCUGAUCAUUGUCAGGGAACCCACAACAAGAGCUAUUUCUGAUUAUACUCAGGUGCUAGAGGGAAAAGAGAGGAAGAACAAAACCUACUACAAAUUUGAAAAGCUGGCAAUAGACUCUAAUACCUGUGAGGUGAACACUAAGUAUAAGGCUGUGAGGACCAGCAUCUACACAAAACAUCUGGAGAGGUGGCUGAAAUACUUUCCAAUUGAGCAGUUUCACGUAGUAGAUGGAGAUCGGCUCAUUACUGAACCACUGCCAGAGCUCCAGCUAGUGGAGAAAUUCCUCAACCUUCCUCCCAGGAUCAGUCAAUACAAUUUAUACUUCAAUGCUACGAGGGGGUUUUACUGUCUGCGGUUUAACAUUGUCUUUAACAAGUGCCUGGCAGGCAGCAAGGGACGCAUUCAUCCGGAGGUCGAUCCCUCCGUAAUUACCAAAUUGCGCAAAUUCUUUCACCCUUUCAAUCAAAAAUUUUACCAGAUCACUGGGAGGACAUUGAACUGGCCCUAAAUGAAUAUAUCCUACAACACUGUGUGUUGUGCCAGGAGGGACACAGUGUCUUCUUUAGAUUCAAAUAUGCACUUUUCCAAAACACAGUUAUCCAAGUCUUUUUGUUUCUCCCAUAAAUACUUGUACAUAUGCAGUGUGUGACCAAAUAAACAGUGGGACCCAUUUUUUUUUCUACUAAGAAGUAAACUGAAAACAAUUUAAUCUCUACAUUGUUGCAUCAUUUUUUAGGCUAUUUAAAGAGAGAAGAGGUGGUAUUGGGGGGUGGGUUGGUAAAUGAAUUCAGCUCUUCUUACAAGAGUUAGUCUUCCUUUGAUUCAAAGUUUGUCACUUGCCAUUUUCAUAGAUCUAAGCCAAAUGAUUUCAAUGUGAAAAUAUACAUCUGGUUGUGAAGCUCCGGGAUAGAUCAAGAAAUAUGGAAUGAUAUGCAUAUUUCUAAGGGAAUACUGGCUCUUUAAUUCAGAGGCUGAAUUAGUGCCGUGAAACUGGGUCAUACUGUUUUCAUCUUAUUUCCAAGAAUGUCUUUUCUCAUAACAAUUGACAUCGUUCCAAAGUUCCCGUGGUGAGUUUGCACUAUUGUUUUCUCGUAUGGACUAUCGUGUCAUCUGUAGCAUGUCAAUCACAUGUCCAAGAGUCCAAUUUUUACCUUCUAUGUUGUAUGUCAACAAAGAGAAAUGUCAUGUACAUAGUGUAAAUUGCCUGUAAAUACUGGUUUCACAAUAAGUAAUUCUAUUUUGUAAACUGAAUAUGGCUAUUUAAUUUAUUGUGGAAAUUAAAUUUAUUGUGGUAUUUAAAAA